AUGGUGCAAGGCAUGAGGGGAGUUGGUCCCGCCAGCGGGCCUCCGACCCUGACCGCGAGCCCGGGGAAGGGCCGUGGGAGGAAGCAGCCCGGCCGCGAGGAGGCUUCCCAGGCUCAGAAGCCUCCAGGGCGGCGCUAUCCGUUUCCUGCGCUUCCUACAGCUCAGUGCCCCGUGCCCUUGCCGCCAUCUUCUCCGGGGUCUCAGCCCAGCAACCGCCGCCGUUCUCGGGCUUCUCCAUCGGGUCACGCAUCCCAGCCAGGCCCAGUCCUCCGCAGUCAGGCCCGGGCAUCAGGCCCAGUCCUCCGCAGUCAGGCCCGGGCACCAGGCCCAGUCCUCCGCAGUCAGGCCCGGGCACCAGGCCCAGGACUCCGCAGUCAGGCCCGGGCACCAGGCCCAGGACUCCGCAGUCAAGCGGCCAGGCCAGGCCCUGCCCUUAAUGGGCACGCCACCCCACCAGGCAUUGAUGACCUCAGCCGUGAAUCGGAGCCAGGCUCUGCUCGCCGCCGCCGCCAUGCACCUGAACCAGGUCCUGUUCGUCGUCGUCGCCGCCGCCGACGCCGCCGCCGACGCCGCCGACGCGGCGCCCGCGGCCGCGGCCACCGCUCAUCUGAGCCAGGCCCUGCCCCGCGAAGCUGCACCACUCCGCCAGGCCCGGCCCCUUCUAGCUACACCACCCUGCCACGCCCUCUCCGCAGGCAAGUGGCCGUGCCGGGCCCUGCUCUCCGUAGCCAAGCGUCCGAGUCGGGCCCAACACUUCGCAGCAGUGCAUCCGCACGAGGCCCUGCGCGCCGCCGCCGCCGUCGUACCACCCCACCAGGUCCUGCUCUUCGUAAUUCCACAACUAGGCCUGGCCAGGCCCUCCGCCGCCCCGCCACCCCACCGGGUCGGGCUCUCAGCAGUCCUGCGUCCCACCCAGCUUCUCUUCGCCGCAGCGGUGCAUCCUCUCGAAGCCCUGUUCUCCACGACGGCGAUACUGGGCCAAGCCUUGCCCUCGAAAUCCACGCCUCCCCUCCAGGCCCUACUCUCCGCAGCAGCCUCGCAGCCAGUCCAGGCCCUGUUCUCCGGAGCCACGCCUCCACACUAGGCCCUGUCCUCCGGAGCCAUGUUACCCAGCAAAGAUCAGCAGCUCACAGCCUUCCUUCUCCACCAGGGCUGGCCGCCCAGAGCCCUUCUCCCCCUGGGUUUGCCUUAAGAAGGCUGGUCUUCUGGAGCAGCUCAGAUUCACCUGAUCCUGCAGUCCUGUUCUUUGCCUCCCAGCCUGGUCCUGCCAUCCACGCGAGUUCCUCCUCACCAUCCUCUCUUGACGCGUUCUCUUCUCUCUUCCCUAGGCGAUGUAGUGAGAGCUUCUCCUCCUCAUCCCCUGGGUCUCCUGGCCUGAACCCCUGCCCCUCCCCUGCUGGGUGUUCUGUCCUGACCUCCUCUUCGUCCUCCCCUCGGUUUUGUGGUCUGGGCUCCAUCUCCACCCCUAGCCCUGCUAGCAUUAGGCGUGCCUUGCUGCCAGCACUUGAUGCCCUGAGCCCUAUCUCUCCAGGAGAACAGGCUGAAAUAGGGAGCACACUGUACCCACCUAUACCUUCUAUGCUGUGACCCUCCUCAUAAGACCCAAAAAAGGAACCCGCAUCCACCCACUGUCCUAAAUGGGCUGCCUGCCCUGCAGUAACGUGUGAGGUUUCCAAGUUUUGUGAGCCAGCAACCAAUGUCCUGAGUUUUGAAACUUCCUCUCCCCAAGACUCCACCACCCAACACUUAACUGCUGUUGGCCCUUGAUUCCAGGGCCCCUUCUCCCUCAAAAGGGCUAGCCUGCCUUUGCCCCUGAGUUGAGAUUCCCCUUUUCCAGUGUUGCCACUUAUACAAUUAAUUUUUGAUGAAUAAAAUUAAAAUGACUUCA